CAGAAGCCUCUCCUCGAAUCAGGAACCCUAGGUGCAAAGUGCAACACACAGAUGGUUAUCCCUCAUCUCACUGAGAACUAUGGUGCCUCGAGAGACCCACCAGAGAAACAAGCUCCGAUGUGCACUGUGCACUCAUUUCCUCACAACAUUGACCAUUGCUUGACAUGGGCUCGCUCUGAAUUUGAGGGCCUGCUUGAGAAAACACCAGCUGAAGUUAAUGCAUAUCUUUCAAAUCCUGCUGAAUACAUGAAUGCGAUGAGAACUGCUGGUGAUGCUCAGGCUAGGGAUACUUUGGGACGUGUUCUUGAGUGCCUCGAGAAAGAAAAGUGCAAUUCAUUCCAGGAUUGCAUAACUUGGGCCCGUCUGAGGUUUGAGGACUACUUUGCCAACCGCGUCAAGCAGUUGUGUUACACAUUUCCCGAGGACGCUGCUACUAGUACAGGAGCUCCAUUCUGGUCUGCUCCAAAGAGAUUUCCUCGUCCGCUCCAAUUCUCCUCAACCGACCUGAGUCAUAUCAAUUUUGUCAUGGCUGCUUCUAUCUUGCGUGCUGAAACAUUUGGAAUCCCUACUCCUGAGUGGGCUAAAACCCCAACGGGACUAGCCGAUGCUGUGGAAAGAGUGAUUGUUCCAGACUUUGAGCCGAGGAAAGAUGCAACUAUUGUGACAGACGAGAAGGCUACAACUUUGUCUACAGCUUCAAUCGAUGAUGCAGCAAUCAUUGAUGAACUAAUCGCAAAACUAGAGCGGUGCAGGCUGAGCUUGCAGCCAGAGUUCAGGAUGAAGACAAUCCAGUUUGAAAAGGACGACGAUACCAACUACCACAUGGAUAUGAUCGCUGGGCUAGCCAACAUGAGAGCAAGGAACUACAGCGUUCCCGAGGUGGACAAGCUUAAAGCCAAGUUCAUAGCCGGAAGAAUCAUACCUGCAAUUGCAACAUCAACUGCAAUGGCAACAGGUUUUGUCUGCCUCGAGCUGUACAAGGUCUUAGACGGGUCACACAAAGUGGAAGACUACAGAAACACAUUUGCUAACUUAGCACUUCCACUCUUCUCCAUCGCUGAGCCGGUUCCACCUAAAGUGGUGAAGCACCAAGACCAAAGCUGGACUGUUUGGGACAGGUGGGUGAUCAAGGGAAACCCGAGCUUAAGGGAGUUGCUAAAAUGGCUAAAAGAGAAAGGACUACACGCAUACAGCAUAUCAUGCGGAAGCUGUUUACUGUUCAACAGUAUGUUCCCAAGGCAUAAAGAGAGGAUGGACAGGAGAGUGGUGGAUCUUGCAAGAGAAGUGGCUAUGGUUGACUUGCCUGCUUAUAGACGUCACGUGGAUGUUGUGGUCGCUUGUGAGGAUGAGAAUGACGAUGACGUUGAUAUCCCUCUCGUAUCAGUAUACUACGGCUGAUUAGAAAAUUUAAAACAAACAUCCCCAAAGAGAGAGAGAGAGAGCUUUAAUAAUUACUGUAUUCUUGGGAUGUGAAAGUUGGGUUUCAGAAAUAGAGAGUUUUGAUGUAUGAGAGAAUAGUUAACACCUUAAAAUUUAGAACUGAGUUUUCAAAUUUGGUGUUUUUAACUUA